AUGGAUCCUUUGGAAUUCACCUCUGCAAUAUCUAGAUAUUCCAAUUCAAAUCUGAAGCAAAUCAGAUUGGAAGAUUACAUAAAAGAUAUCUACAUCUCUGAAUUUUCUACAGAAUGGGAAGAAAAUAUACUGCAUUUGAUACCUCCCAGAGAUAGACGAGCUCAUCCUUCUUUCGUAAACUCGGUAUUAGACGAGGUAAAAGAAACAUAUGUCGAAGAUAUGAGAGACUUCGUGCUAAAUUCCAUAUUAUCCUGCAAAAUGUACAAGAGAAGACGCGUCGUUUGCGAAGAAUGCGAUGUUCCCGUCAGCUCGAAGCGAAGCAUCACCGAAAAGGAUGCGUUAUACGAUCGAAAAAUAUUUUUAAAACGUCGCAAUCUGUUGGCCGAGAGAUAUUUCCUCUCGUAUCCGAUCAUUAGACGCGUCAUAAAUACGGCUCAUCGUAUUCUGCCUACGGUAAUUUGUGACUUCGAACAUUAUCGCGAACUAGGAACGCUAUCGUUGCACAAUUUCCGAAACAUGAUCCUUAAGGACAUUAAGAGAGGCACCUUAGUGAUAGCUAAUCAAUUUUACACCGAAACGUUUAAAGCCGUGCAAAGAUCGAAGCAACUAAAGAGCAUCUCCGCGAAACAUCUACCUCGAUUUAUGCGAUGCCUCACUAAUAUAUUUGUUCAACAGAUUCUCAAUGUGACAAUGAGAUCGAUCGAUCAUAUAAUAGGUAUCAUGAAAGACGGUCGUUUCUGUCCACAGAUUGAAUUCCAGCUGGUAUGCGAAGACGAUCGGCUUGUGACUAAACCGGAGAUAGACGAGGUAUUUUCGACGUAUCACGAUAUUAUCAGCGGCAUCGCGGGAAUCGGGCAAGAUCUGAUGCCUCUGGAGGAAUGGUUGGAUAUCAAAGCGAAGGAAAGGUAUAUAAAGGUCGCGCCUUCCGACUGGUUCAUCGAGAAAUCGCAUCGCAACCUGCAGGAGAUACUGGACGCUCUGUUUCGACCUGUAAACGAGCACGUGGCUUGUGUUUCCACGGAAUUCAGCGACGUAUGUACAUCGAGUAUCGAGAGCCGGAUAUCGUCCUUAACUUCGGAACGACCAGAUUUUGAUGUGUAUCUGGCACAUAUAUACAAGUAUAACGAGUAUCUGAGCAAAACUAACUCUAUGCUCUCUAAUUUGUAUUAUAGCGUAGGGAAGUUGGAGCAAAGCAGCGCCAAGGAAUAUCUGAGGCAGAUCUGCCACGACGUUAUAAACGCCCUCACGAUGGAACUCGUCGAGUAUCAUCGAGAUUUCAAUCGUUCGAUCUGUUCCAGCUUCGAGGAUCUAAAGUCUACGGCGCUAGAUAUUCCGAGGGACGCAAACUCCUUGAUACAAUUGGGCGAAUACAUGUCGAGAGCUUCGAAAGUAUUAAUGAAGGAGCAGGAGCAGAAGAUACGAUGCUCGAUUUAUAUGCUAAGUAAACUAUUGGAGAUUACCAUAUUGACGGACGAACACAUUGACUUGAACAAGACCACCGUUAAUUGGCUGAAUGAUAUCCAGCCGGUGUUCUCGCAGAAUAAUACAUUGUGCGAGGCAAUGAAGAGUGAAUUAGAGGAGGAUCUUCAACGGCGGAUAAAUACAUUGAACACGGAAGUUGACGCCAUGUUCCCGCAGCUUAUCAUCCUCGACGAUAUGGACGACAUAAACAAAGUCGGAGAAUAUACGGAGCAUUACGAGGAUUUGAUGAAGAAGUAUAAACAUAUGGAUAACGAGAUGCAAGUUAUUAAUUCAGAGGAGAGACUUUUCAAGUUUCCCGAAACGGAGUUUCCGAAAAUAAUUGAAUUAAGAGAGACGAUCGUGCCCUUUUACACGCUCAUACGUACUGUUUAUCAAUGGCAGAGGAACAACUCCGUGUGGCUGAAUGGUCCGUUCGAAUGUCUGGACGCGUCCAUCAUCGAGAGGAAGACGAUGAAUUAUUUGGACGAAAUCACGGAAAUGAACAAGACGAUGAAGUCGCGUAUCAAGAUGGAUGUGACGGCGAACAAGUCGUACAAAUUUUCCGGCAUCGCCGACGAUCCUGAUCCGAUGCAACAACCCGCUCCGCUAAAAUUGUGUUGGCAGACGCUCAAGAACAUUAACGAGUUCAAGGUUUAUCUGCCGCUCGCGAUCUGCAUGUGCAAUCCAGCUCUCUGCGCCCGUCAUUGGAAGGAAAUGUCAGCGAUAUGUAAUUUUGAUCUCACGCCAAAUGCGGGAACGACUCUGAAAAAGAUGAUUGAUAUGAAUCUGAUGGAUAAUAUCGACAAGUACGAGGCUAUAAGUUUGGGCGCCAACAAGGAACUGUAUCUUCAGCAAGAAUUGGCCGAGAUGAUCGAAAAGUGGGAGCCAAUAUCCUUCGAGAUGUCGACCGAUGAAUCUGGUGCGAUAACUUUCAAACAUAUAGAUGACAUCGAAGUGCUUCUCGGAGAACAUCUUAUCAAAGUUGAGGAGAUGAGAACGUCUCAUUUCGUCAAACCAAUAUUGUCAGACUUAAUCGAUUUCUUCGCUGUUCUCACAAAAAUACAGAAAAUCCUUGAUCAAUGGGCGCGCGUACAGUUCCGCAAACUCCAUCUGCAGCCGAUAUUUUCUUAUCCGGGAAUGGAAGUGCGUUUGAAUCAAGAAACUUUAUUGUAUCUCGAAGCAACGAGAAUUUUACUGGACGUUAAUGACAGAUUUACGGCGAAUCCAAGUUUUCGAGAGAUCGAGAAAUCUUCGGAUUUACUGCACAUCUUAAAUGAAGCCAACGAAAAAUUAGAGAGAGCGGGUAAAGGCGUGAGGAAUUACUUAGAUGUUAAAAGAUUAUCUUUCACGAGAUUGUUCUUUCUCGAUGAUUCAGAAAUUCAAAAACUAUUGUUCGAAUCGACCGAUAUAGUAAAACGAAAUACAUUUGUGAAAAAAUGUUUCGCCGGUAUAAAACAAUUGAAAUUUAAUCAAUUUAAUUGUAUUCGGAAAAUUAUCGGACACUACGGGGAGAUGUUACGUCUAAACGAUAAUAUCUUCGUACCUGUCGACACCAAGUGCGAAGAGCAAUGGUUGAUUCAACUCGAAGAAGAAAUGAGAGACGCGGUUCGCGAAAAUAUUCGCCAAUAUCAUCUUUUGAUCGACGGAGAUUCGACAUUCAUUCCUAGUGAUAAUUUUCCAAGCAUGGCGAUCGUUUGCGGUUUGCAGCUUCAUUGGACCUUCUCGGUGGAAAAGUAUCUCGCACCGUUAAAUAUCACAAUGUUAAACUCUCUGUGCACUACAUACACCGAUUGGAUAACUUCGCUAGUUAACGAAUUAAAAAAGAAUUUGACACGACGGUGUAGAAAUCUGUUGAUGUCAUCGAUUAUUAUUACAUUGGCUCAUAAGGAAGUUAUAAGACUGCUUUUGGAUAGAAAUAUCACUAAACAAACAGAUUUCGAAUGGAUCGCGCAAUUGAGAUAUUAUUGCAACGACAAGAUUGUCGAGAUAUCGGUAUUCGAUACAAAGAUUGAAUACGGAUAUGAAUAUAAUUAUUGUCGACAGAAUAUUGUUAAUACACCCUUAACCGAUCGAUGCUUUCGCACUAUAUUACAAGCUUAUCGUUAUCAUUUUUACAGCGGCAUUCUAGGUUCUACAAGUAGCGGUAAAACGGAGACGAUCAGAAGCUUGACGAAAGCUUUGGCAAAGCUAUUUUACAUCGUCAACUGCAACAAUAGCAUCUCCUACGAUUGUGUGAUACGGAUAUUCAAAGGAGUGGUUUCCUGCGGAGCGUGGGUUUGCCUCGAAAAUUUCAACCGAUUAAAACUGGAAUUAUUAUCAGCCAUCGCUCAGAAUCUUACGCAAAUGAAACAAGCGAUAGCGUCUAACUCAAAGGUAAUAAGUAUCGAGAGUUGCGAUUUGAACUUGAACGCUUCCGGAUAUGUAUGCGUUAACUCUGUGCAAUUCGGAUAUACCAAUCUUCCGGAUAAUUUGAAAGUGCUCUUUCGUUUCGUGUCAAUGACAGCACCGGAUAUUGGCAGAAUCGCCGAGAUCGAACUCUUCGCCGGGGGAUUUCUUCACGCGAAGAAGCUUGCGACAAAGCUAGUCAUCAGCUACAAACUAUUAUCCGAACAUCUGGGAGAGAAAUGUCAUUACAACUUCAGCGCGUCAUCGUUGAAGACUGUCAUCGCAACCGCGAUCGAUAUGAAAGAAAAUGUUCCGAACGAAAAGGAGCAUAUCUUGUUGUUGCGUUCGAUGAUAGAUAUAAAUAUCCCGCAGCUAUGUACAUCCGAUAUACCUGUCUUCCAGAGUAUCGUGCGCAAUGUUUUUCCGGAAUUCGAUGUCUUGCCUCCGUUCGAUUAUUUUGCGAUUUUAAAGGCGUUCGAAAGUGUGUGCGCCAAGAGAUUUCUCGUAUCGCACACGACCUUCAAAUUAAAAGCUAUACAGAUUAUCGAAUUAAUGUACGUUCGUCGCGGUCUCAUACUCAUUAGCGAUCCUCUGGGUGGCAAGACGGAAAUUUUACACGCACUUGCUGAGACAUUAUCAUUGUUACAGGAUCAAGAAAACAAGAUUGGCACUGCUGUGAGGCUGGAAACAAUCAUGCCGGAAGUAGUGGACAGCGACGCGCUCUUCGGAUAUCUCUGUAAUAAAUCUGGUGGAUCUGUUUGGAAGGAUGGUCUGUGUACCAGCAUAUUUCGUCACUUCGCGGAAGACACAUCGAUGGAUCGAAAAUGGUUAGUGUUCGACGGAGCCUUGAGCGGUGCAUGGCUAGAAAACUUGAACACGGUUCUCGACGAGAACGAAAUGUUAUAUUUGGCGUCUGGAGAACGUCUUCCCGUAACAGGAUCGAUGUCCGUUAUCUUCGAAACAACGAGCAUGACAGAAAUCUCACCCAGCUUAGUGUCACGAUGCGGAAUCAUCUAUAUCGACUCGCAUUCUGUCGGCUGGAGGCCACACGUAUUGUCUCAUAUCGCGAAACAUAACAUUUACGACGGAUACGACAAAAUAUUGUGCACUCUGUUCGAGUGGGCGAUAGAUCCGUGUCUUGACUUUUUAAGAGAGAAUAGCGAUACAUCUAUGAAUCAGGAAUUGCACCUUGUUACGUCAAUCUUGAAUUUGUUCGAGAUAUUAUUAAGAGACGCGUGCGAAGAUGUCACAGAGGAUACUGGAAAAAGCAAUCAUUUUGUCAUAUGGGCACAAGCCGCCUUAAUCCAAGCUAUUGUUUGGGCAUUAGGCGGAAACUUGAUCGAGGAUUUGCAAAUACGAUUCAACGCUUUUUGCACAACAUUCUGGAGUGGCGCAGAUACGAGACAUCCGAAACCCGACUCAAUUAAACACUUGGACGUAACACUGCCUAACGAGGGUCUAAUUCAAGACAACUUUUACAUCUUCAAUGGUGUUGGAAAUUGGAAGUACUGGGGAGAUUUGCUAAAGACCGAGAAAAUCCCCGAGAUAUGCAGUUUUAAUCAAAUUUAUGUUCCAAGCGUCAACAGUAUAAGAUAUAACUAUAUGUUCUUGAAACACGUUAAAUAUCGAAAGCCUUUUCUUUUGUAUGGUGAUGUUGGUAUUGGAAAAAGUAGUAUGAUGUAUGAUCUCUUGGACAACAAAUUGCCAGAUAAUUGUUUUCCCAAUUUUUUCAGCUUUACUUCCAUGCUUACGGUAACUAAAACUCAAAGAUUAUUGUUUUCGAAGUUAAACAAGAUACGACACACUGUUUACAGUCCAGGAAGAAAUAAAUUUUGCGUGAACUUUGUGGACGAUGUAAGUAGAGCCGUUACGCAAAAACCAGAGGCACGAUCCGUAUUUGAAUUGUUACGUCAACUUCUUAGUCAUAAUUACUGCUAUGAUACGAAUGAAUUAAGUAAAAUAUUUAUACAAGAUGUUAUGUUCACACUCGCGAUUACGUCAGGAAAGAUUAUUGAAGACAUACCUCCUCGAUUUUUGAGGUAUUUUAAUACAUAUAUAAUUCUUGCCCCUACAACCGAUAAUAUAUUCAAGAUAUAUUUCAACAUGCUAUCUGCUAAUUUGAAGAAAAAUCUGUUCGCAGCAGACGUCACGGGGAGUGUAACUAGUAUAGUGAACGCAACGAUUGAUGUUUACAAGUCCAUAAUGAAAAUGUUACGGCCUGUGCCCAACAAAUUGCACUAUUGCUUUGAUAUGCGAGAUAUAUCCAGAGUGAUUAAUGGAUGCAGCCUGAUCCAGAAGGAAUCGGUGGAGACGAAGAUAACAUUUAUACGAUUAUGGGUGCACGAAAUCUUACGUGUGUUUAAUGAUCGCAUGCUGGAUGAGAACGACAAGGAGUGGCUGUUUCUAAAGAUUCGCGAUGCGGUGAAGAACAACUUUAAGGAUUCAUACGAGACUGCUUUCGAUUAUUUGCCAAAAUAUGAGAACAAUCAAAUUACCAAGGAUAGCUUCGACGAUCUCAUGUUUGGAAAUUUUAUGGAUACACAGAAGAGCGGCACGUUAAGGAAAAUGGAUGUCGUUGUUUCUCGUUACAUGUUUCAGUCUUUAAUUAAGAUUUCCAGAGUUCUGAGCAUCCCAGGUGGAAACGUGUUAAUUAUAUCUGCAGUAGGUUCCGGCAGAAAAUCCAUGACUGCUCUCGCUGCCUUCAUGCAACAACAGAGCUUGUUCGAAAUUACCGCUGAAUCCUAUUAUGACUCAAACGCGUGGAAAGACGAUUUGAAAAGAGUUCUGCGAGAAUGCGGAGCAUUGCGGAAGGACGUUACAUGUUUUAUGAACGAGAGACAAAUGAAAGACUCGUUCUUAAGCGACAUCAGCUGUUUAUUGAGCACCGGAGAAUUAGCUGACUUGUUUUCCGUCGAAGACAAACAGUCUAUAAUUGAGACGACGCGGCUCCACGCUCAGGGCGGUGAUCAAAACGCGGAAAUCAGCGCGCGCUCGGUGAUGAGGUACUUUAUGGAACAAUGCAAGAAUCGAUUACACUUUGUACUUUGCUUUAGUCCUACUAACUCUGCUUUCAGAACAUAUUUAUGUUCGUAUCCUAAUUUAGCGAAACACUGCACGGUAAAUUGCUAUCAAAUUUGGCCUGAUCAAGCGCUUUUGGAGAUUGCCGUGAAGCAUAUGAAGUACGUUAAUAUGCAGGAAGAGAUUAAAACUCACGUGGCAAGAACUUGCGUGCAAUUCCACAAAAAUGCAAGAGAGAUGAGUCUGAGAUAUCAUGAGAUGUUCGGUAGAAUGAUUCAUGUGACAUCGUCAGCUUUUUUGCACAUGCUCAAACUGUAUACACGCUUGAUGUCAAAGAAGCAAGAAGAAAUUGUAACGACACGAAAUAAAUACAUAACGGGAUUGGAAAAAUUGGAAUUGGCGGCCGAGCAGGUCGAACAGAUGAAGGCCACUCUUACAAUUCUGAAACCACAAUUGGAACUGUCUGCUCAACAAACGGUAAUUACUAUGAAAGAAGUGGAGAAUGAGAAUAUUACCGUAGAGCGAGCUACGAUUCUCGUGAAGCAGGAGGAAGAAGUGGCGAAUAAGAAGGCGGAGAUUGCGGGCGCUUUAAAGACUGAAUGCGAGGCCGAGCUUGCUGUUGCUAUACCAAUCUUGGAGGACGCGGUCAUGGCAUUGAACACACUGAAGCCGACAGACAUCACGCUAGUGAAGGCGAUGAAGAAUCCGCCAGAUACCAUCAAGCUGGUAAUGGCUGCUGUAUGCGUGAUGCUGGGCGUUCCGCCAGAUCGUACCAUCGAUCCGGUCACUGGCAAAAAGUUCACGGACUAUUGGGGCCCGAGCAAGCGUAUCCUGGGUGACAUGAAUUUUCUGCAGAACUUGAAGGAUUACGACAAGGAUAACAUAGCACCUACGGUGAUGCAGGUUAUCAAAAAGACGUACAUGACGGAUAGUAGCUUCACACCUCACAUAGUUGCAAAGGCAUCCAGCGCCGCCGAGGGUCUCUGCAAGUGGGUCCGCGCCAUGGUGUCAUACGACGAGGUAGCGAAGGUAGUUGCGCCAAAGAAGAAGAAACUAGUAGAAGCACAAACGGAAUGUGACGAGGCUGAAGCGUUCCUGAACGAGAAACGGCAGACGCUGGCCGCUCUGAAUGCAAAACUGGCGGCACUUAAUGAUAGCUUGCGGCAAACAUUGCAGAAGAAAUUGAACUUGGAGACAGAAGUGACGACUUGCACCUCCAAAUUGGUGAAGGCAGAGAAGUUGAUCGCCAGUCUGGGUGGCGAGAAGAGUCGUUGGAUGGAGUGCGCUCAUAUUUUACAAAUGAAUUAUGAUAAUCUUGUGGGCAACAUGUUACUUUCGUGUGGAAUAAUAGCUUAUAUGGCAUCUUAUAAUAUCUCAUUUCGCGACGAGAUACUGACGAAAUGGAAAGAAUUGGUGGAAACUUCUGAGAUACCCUACACUAAGACGUACGACUUUAUAAGCGUCCUUGGUGUGGAAAUUGAGAUUAAUCAUUGGCAACUCUGCGGCCUAUCAAAAAAUCGCUUUGCAAUAGAAAACGCCAUUAUUUUGAAUAAUUCAGAUCAAUGGUGCCUCUUUAUCGAUUCGCAGAACCAGAUAAACCAAUGGAUCAAGAGAAUCGAGAAGAAAAAUGAUUUAAAUGUCAUUAAAUUAAUGGAUUGCAAUUAUAUGUCAGUCAUCGAACGAAACAUCGAAACUGGCGUGCCAGUUCUGUUGGAGAAUGUCGGGGAGAGACUCGAAAUCGCGCUGGAACCGAUAUUGUUGAAAAAUAUUUACAAGAAUGAAGUAGAUUGGUAUAUCGAUAUUGGUGCGAAAUCUGUGAAAUAUUCGCAAAAUUUUCGAUUUUACAUCACCACAAGAUUGUCAAAUCCAGAUUAUACGGCCGAUGUUUUCAGCAAGCUCACCGUAAUCGAUUUUUCGAUGCCAGACAAGACUCUUCGAGACAAGCUUCUAGACAUCGUCGUCGCGAAGGAGAGGCCGGAGCUUCAAGACAAAUUUGAAGCGCUCCGUAUUCAAGAUGCCACUAACAAGAAAGUUCUUCAGCAACAAGAGGACAACAUUCUGAGCACUCUCUCGUCAACCACUACGAACAUUCUAGAGGAUGAAAACGCGAUACAGAUCUUGGAUUCCUCCAAGACACUUACUGCGAACAUCAUGAAGAGGCAGGAAGCAGCGAGAUCAAUGACGGAGGAUAUCAACAAAUUCCGAGAUGUGUAUCUACAGUUUGCCGAUCAUUGCGCGGGUUUAUUCUGCACAUUGACUACCCUGUCCAACUUAAAUCACAUGUACCGUUUUUCAUUCUCGUGGUUCAUUCAGCUGUACAUUACCUCGAUCGAAACGUCGAACAGAAGCAUUGUUCUCGAAAAACGACUACAAUUUCUCAAAUCUUCGUUUACGAGGAAUCUCCAUUCCAGCGUCUGUAGAUCGCUAUUCGAGAAACAUAAACUUCUGUAUUCGUUUCUAUUGUGCGUGAAAAUUUUGAUGGACGCUCGACAGACUACGCAAGAGGAAGUCAAAUUCUUUGUCUCUUCGGAGACGGAGGAUUGCGAUAUAGUUCCUGAGGAACCGGCGCCAGAGUGGUUAUCAGCGGAUAAAUGGAAACAAAUUUGCAAAUUAAACGACAUGGUGCCUGAAUUACACGAACUCGCAAAUGAUUUUCAAUCCAACGGUGCGGCUUGGCAAAAAUAUUUCAAUGCGAUACCGUUUCAAAGCCAUCUAAUGCCGGAACCAUGGGCCGACAGAACGACACAGUUUCAAAGGUUGACAUUUGUCAAAAUCAUCAGACGCGACAAGAUCAUCGUAGAGAUAAUGCGGCUGAUAGAGGACAACAUGCUGGAGAACGUGUUCAAUUCGUAUCCUCAUCUUCAGAUUUCAGAAUCAUUCGCAGAAUCCAGCUGCCUCACGCCAAUUAUAUUCAUCCUGCCAAGUUAUACUCCGUCUCUGUCGCUCGUUUCCGCCUACGCGAGCACCAGAGGAUAUACUUCGAAAUUCGUUUCCUUGUCGAUGGGCGAUGGAUCGCGACAAAGUACUGCUGAAGUUCUCGUAGAAGAGGCGCGAAAGGAAGGGGAAUGGAUAUUCUUGCAAAACUGUCACCACGCCAUAUCGUGGAUGCCGCGACUCGAGCGGAUCUUCGAGAGCCUGAAACUAUCCGGUACGUCCUUGGACUUUCGACUGUGGCUCUCCAGUUGUUCCGUCCCAGACUUUCCGAUCAGCGUCCUGCAGAACAGCUUGAAGAUCGCGUACGACUACCCACUACGACUGAAACAGAGUUUGCUGAGAACAUAUCGGUCGGAGCCCGUGAAAAAUAAGGAAUUCUUCGAAGGAUGUCCCGGAAGGGACAAGGAGUUCUCCAAACUUCUGUAUGGACUUUGCUUCUUUCACGGAAUCAUCAGAGAGAGAAGACACUUCGGGCCGCAAGGAUGGAACAUUCCAUACGAUUUUGAUCACGUCGACUUUGAAAUAUCCGUUAGGCAGCUGCAGAACUUGAUCAACGAGACCGAGAAUAAUAUACCAUUCGACACGCUACUCUAUCUUGUCGGAGAAUGUAAUUACGGCGGAAAGAUCGUGGAUAGUCUCGAUCAAAGGUAUCUAGGAUAUCUGUUGAAUUCCUUCUGUAAUAUUUGUAUUAUCAACGACAACGAAUAUUUAUUUUCCAAUUGUAUAGAACACUCGGUACCACAAAGAUGCGAAUAUCGCGAUAUUAUUAAACACAUCAACGAUAUGCAACUGGACUCAUCACCGGAAGCUUUCGCUUCUGAUGAAAAUGCUCUUAUUAUAAAAGACACUGCUAUUGUCAGAGAAUUCUUAGAAUCUAUAUCUUAUUUAGAUCAAAUUAGAUCAUCGAACCAUGAGAUUGUAGCACAAGAUAGUCAAGUAUUGCGAGCAAUUGACGAAAUCAAUAGCAAGUUACCUGUUUUAUUUAACAUCGACGAGAUACGCGACAGAUAUCCUCUUAACUCGCGUGAACCGUUUAAUGCGAUUCUCAUCCACGAAGCCGAAUUGAUUAACAAGGUUUUAGCUGUAAUUGUGGACUCCCUGAAUAAUUUGAAAUCGGCAUUAAACGGCGAGAUUAUCUUGACCGAUUCCUUGGAAGAUUUGUCCGCAGAAAUAUACAAAAACAAAGUCCCACGUGUUUGGAGGCUGAUCGAUCUCGGUAUCGUAACUAAACAUUUGCCAAAUUAUAUCGAGCUGCUUCAGAAACGUGUAAGCUUCGUGCAAAAUUGGCACGACAACAUCGAUCUGCCUCGUAUCAUCUACUUCGAUGCGUUAUCCUGCUGUAAAAGACUUUUAUCCGCGAUACUCCUCGAGUUCUCACGACGUCGCGAUGAUGUACCCAUUGAACAAAUUACAUUAGAUCUUCGAGUAAUGAAUGAUGAUGAUAUUUCUACCCAUGACGAGACAGAUAUAUAUUACAUUCAUGAUUUACGUUUAUCUGGCGCUCGGUGGGAUGCGCAAAAGCGAAUGUUAAUCGAAAGCUCGACGAAUAUAUUCUGGUAUAACAUGCCACCGAUAUGUCUUACGUUUAGCGUAGAGGAAAGAGUUGUCGAUAAUAUUUACGAGUGCCCUGUAUAUGUAUCACCGAUAUGCUGCAACGAAGUAAGCACAAAUAUGAAGAUAAAGAAUUAUAUUACAAGCGUAUCUUUGGAAACUGACAAGUCACAUAUAUAUUGGAUGAAGCGUGGUACAGCAUUAUUCUGUCAAAUUGAUGAAUAAUUUUUAAAGAUAGAUUUAUGUAAAUAAAAAAAAUAGAUUUAUGUAGAUAAAAACGAU